UUUGUUGGAAAUAUGAAAACAACGUGACGUCAUGGAGUAUGUAUUUAAUUUCUUUCUAAUUGUUUACAAGAAGUUUUAAAUACAAUAUUUUAACUAAGUAAUAUCAUGGGAUUUGUGGGGAAGACGGUAUAAUAAACUAUUUUAGUGACAAUGCAGUUUGUGUUGUUUCCCUGGCUAUGGAUGGCUUAGAUAUUCAAGCUCUUCAAGCAGUGUUAGGGCGCAGUGAUUUUGUCGGAGGUAUUGACAAUGAAGCUCUCGAUUUCAGCCAACUGGAGGACUUCAUAAACGAUGAUACCGAUGAUAACCACACAUAUUUUGGUGACACACUGACGAGCAAUGAGGGGGCUGCGGGUCGUAAUCUGACCUCGAUGGUUUUGAAUGUGAACAGCACCAACACUCACCACAAUCAUCACCAUCUGGCCAAGUCAGGGUCUGCAGUCCUCAGUAGCACUUCCACCUUCUCUCAGCCCAACUCCACACUUCUCGUGGAUGGAUCCACCUACACCCACACGCACAGUCUACCAGAGAGCCCCCCAGACUCUGGCUCAGAGCCUCCCUACUCCCCACAGGCUCACUCUCCUCAUGGUAAGAGUAGCGCUAACUCCGGACUGUCAGAUCUGCUCAUGCAGUCACCAGUCUACGGGAAACCUCCGCACACAAUACAUAUUCAAGGUGCUGAUACCAUCUUAGUGCAGCAUCCCUCUGUGCUGACUCCCCUUCUUACUCAUCAGCAGCAGACUACCACCUCAUCAGGUUUACAAAACAACAAUACUCUGGCACUGGCGGCGGCUCACGCCGGUUUGUCUGCAGAUGACCAGUCGGACAGCAAUAUCACAGCCAUCUACACAUCCCUCACCAAGAAACGCAAGCUGUCAGAGGAUAACGUGCGGGGUGAAACAAGAAGCAGCCUUAAUGCAGGACAUUUAUGUGGAGACGAGGAGUUGAGUUUCCAGGAUGGAUCUGGAGAGGGGAGUCUAUAUCUGGACUCUACCAGCUUCCAGUGUAUCCGGUUCCAGCCUUUCCAGCAAACCAGUUGGCUCACACUUUGUGACCAAAAUCUCAAAGAAUUGCAUGUACCUCAUUACCGUGUUGAUGCAGACAAAGGCUUCAACUUUUCAAAUGCUGAUGAUGCUUUUGUGUGCCAGAAGAAAAAUCAUUUUCAGAUAACAUGCCACACUCAGCUGCAGGGAGACGCGCACUUUGUCAAGACUCCAGAUGGACUUCGUAAGAUUUCCAGUUUCCACCUUCACUUCUACGGGGUCAAGGUGGAAUCGCCUAGCCAGACCAUUAAAGUCGAGCAGAGCCAAAGUGACCGCUCUAAGAAAGCUUUCCAUCCUGUCUUGGUGGAUUUGCACGGAGAGAAAGUGACCAAAGUGACCGUGGGCAGGCUACACUUCAGCGAGACAACAUCUAACAAUAUGCGCAAGAAGGGAAAACCCAACCCCGACCAGAGAUAUUUCUACCUGGUGGUGGGACUCCACGCUCACUGCUGUGACAACUCUCACUACCCGAUAGUGUCCCACGCAUCAGAGCGUAUUAUUGUAAGGGCAUCCAAUCCCGGUCAGUUUGAGUCAGACGUGGAGUUGUGCUGGCAGCGCGGUGCAGCAGCUGACUCCAUCUAUCACGCAGGCCGUGUGGGAGUCAACACAGACAGACCAGACGAGGCUCUGGUGGUCCAUGGCAAUAUGAAGGUUACGGGACACAUUGUCCAGCCCAGUGAUCUCAGAGCCAAACGGGAUAUCCAGGAGUGUGACUCAGCCCAGCAACUGAUAAAUGUGCGGCAGCUGCGGGUGGUGAAGUACCGAUAUGACCCGGAGUUCAGCAACCACUGUGGGCUGGAUACACAGUCAGACACCGGCAUCAUUGCUCAGGAACUCAGAAACAUCCUUCCUGAAGCGGUUAUGCCUGCAGGCGACGUAGUCUUGCCCAGUGGCACUCGCAUUGACAACUUCCUCGUCGUCAAUAAGGAGAGGAUACUGAUGGAGAGUGUGGGUGCUGUCAAGGAGCUGUGCAAAGUCACAGAUAAUCUUGAAACCAGAAUAGGAGAACUGGAGAGGAUCAACAAGAGACUCAAGAGGUUGGACAGCCUAAAAUCAAAUAAAUCUGCGUACUCUUCAGUGACAACGAGAGCAAAGCUCAAGGGGUACACGUGUGAACAUUGGGAGGAUGAUGACCACAUCAUCUGCUCGAACCAGCUGAUACAAGUCACAAUUGUGGUCCUCAUUCUGAUCAUGGCUAUGUGUUUAAUGGCCAUGGUGACUCUGUACGUACUUGAGUACCAGAAGAGGAGUACACCGAUUAAUUAUUCUGAUGUUUCGUUGGCAGCAAGUAAACUAAGCAAUGAAAACCAGAGUCAAACACGUUUCCGCUCCACUACUAUGACUUCUUACUGGAGCCUAGAUGUCAGACCAAAUUAUACCGAUUUAACCAAUUCUAAAUACGACCAAAAAUAUAUGGAUGUAUGGAGCUCAGCAAAGAAACAUACCAGUGGUUUUGGAAAGAAAGGGGCCUUUAAUGGAGGAGGGUUUGUAUUGAGCACGAUGUCUCCUCCAUCUCUGGGAGCUCGGCAGUGCGGAGUGGCUGACUUUGUCCAUGCGUGUCAGAUUCUCUGCUGUUCCACAAGUACCAUACAUGGUUUUUCUGACAAAACAUUAUCGUAUAAGGACCAACAUUAUCCAUUUCAACAACCGGAUGUUACACCUGCAACAAAUGCCAUUGAAGAACUAUCUGAAAAUAACUCUCAAGAGAAGGCCAGUAAAGAAGGCAGUAAUAAACAGCACGACUGGUCCCAGACCAAGGAUGUCUUGUUAGUUCCUCACAAGAAACGUCAAGCGGACGACUUUAUUCAACCGGAGAAUGCAUUUUCUUCUUCAGAUUUCUCUUCAGGGUUUGAGCGAAGUGGCUUGAAUAUUGUCGUGAUUGGCCACACCUUCAAUAUCACUGCAGACCAUUGUGCUGUGAAGUCUUAUCAUCCUCCUCACAACAUGAGCUGUGUGGUGAACCUCAGCCACUACCUCUCAGACCCUAACAUCACAGUUCAUUUCAAGUGA